UAAAAUUUUAUUGUAUCUUCGUAUUAUUUUGUAUAACUUGACGUUUUUCGCUAUUUAUUUUUGCUUGUAUUAGGAGGAGCAACUGAUUAAGCUCUCCGAACUUUGCACUGGAGUAAUAAGUUCAGUUCAUUGAACUCAGUGCAACAACAACUGACAUAUGUACCAACAUAAAAUCUAAAAAAAAAAAAAUACAUGGUUGAAAAACACAGAACGACACACCCGCAUUAUUAUACUGUUCUCUUUUUAUCACAUCAACGUAAUCUAUAGUUUCUUCUUUUUCUAUUGUUAAAAGAGCCGAUUCCGAUUAUAAGUGACUAAAAAUGGUGGACACUACUACAAAUAUUUUCCAAUUUUAAUGUAAAUUUAGAGUAGUUUUAUUAUAUAAAGAUGAAUCAGUUUUAAAUGUAGCGAUUUUAUUUACCGAUUUAUGUGUGUCGAGUCGCGAUUCAAGCAUUCGUAAGACGUAGUGCCAGUCAUUUUCAGCCCCUGUAACCAACUGAGAUGUCGUCUGACGAGGAAAAACCACCAGCGCCCCCUGUUCGGUUGACGUCCAAUAGAGGCACAGAUUUUGUAAACACCAUCACAGUGGACCGGCCUCUACCCAAAGAACCCGACGAUGCGGACCGGAAAAAGAAAAACCUCAAAGUUAAAAAAGCUUCUACUCUAUCCAAAUACUCGUCAGAUAAGCCAAAUAUCUCGUAUCCUACCAAUUUUGAGCAUACAGUUCACGUGGGAUUUGAUCCAGUGUCUGGAGAGUUUACGGGAAUGCCAGAGGCGUGGUCCCGAUUGUUAAUGAAUUCAAACAUUAGCAAACAGGAACAGAAAAACAAUCCGCAAGCCGUUUUAGAUGUAUUAAAUUGGUACGAUAAUACUUCCAAGGAACCACCCAACGCUAAGUAUAUGACCAAAACCAACGCUACCACUCACUCUGGUUCUUCUCUGAGUCGCGUUUCGAGCUCCAGUCCUAGUAGUACCACUCCCACGGAUAUUGAAGGGGGCCCGCAUUCUUACCACAGUCCUGUCCACGUCCCCAGUUCGGAAAUUGAAGACGAAGCACCGCCACCUCCUAUUGCUAGUAGGCCCGAAAGAACUAAAAGCAUUUAUACAAAACCAAUUGAAGAUGAAAAAUUACCAGCAAACAAUGUAAAUUCGAUACCGACGCCUCACAGUUUGAGCCCCUCCUAUGUCAACACAUCAUGUACAGCUUCGACAACGGCUAAUUCUAACAACAGCUCUAGUGGCACUGUUUUGGAUCGUAAUAAGAAUCCGCCUGGACCGGAUGUUUCGCGCGCAGCAUCGGAAAAACGCAAGAAAAAAAUGUCUGAUGAGGAAAUUUUGGAAAAACUACGCAGUAUCGUGUCUGUGGGGGAUCCGAAUAGGAAAUAUACAAAAUUAGAUAAGAUCGGUCAAGGUGCCUCUGGUACAGUCUACACAGCAAUCGAAACUGGUACCGGCAUGGAAGUAGCAAUAAAACAAAUGAACCUAUCCCAGCAACCGAAAAAGGAACUGAUCAUAAAUGAAAUUCUGGUGAUGCGAGAGAACAAACACAGCAACGUCGUCAACUACUUAGAUAGCUAUUUGGUGAACGAGGAAUUGUGGGUGGUCAUGGAAUAUUUGCCCGGCGGUUCUUUAACGGACGUAGUCACCGAAACCUGCAUGGACGAGGGCCAAAUAGCGGCCGUUUGUCGCGAAGUGUUGCAAGCCUUGGACUUUUUACACUCGAACCAAGUCAUUCACAGGGAUAUCAAGUCUGACAAUAUACUGCUGGGCCUCGACGGUUCUGUCAAAUUAACGGAUUUUGGUUUUUGUGCUCAAAUCAGUCCGGAACAGUCGAAAAGAACCACCAUGGUGGGCACGCCUUAUUGGAUGGCACCGGAAGUGGUCACUCGGAAACAAUACGGUCCCAAAGUUGACGUGUGGUCGUUGGGAAUAAUGGCCAUAGAAAUGAUAGAAGGCGAGCCUCCUUAUCUUAACGAGAAUCCAUUGAGGGCUUUGUAUUUGAUUGCCACCAAUGGUAAGCCGGAUAUCAAAGAAAAGGAAAAAUUAUCUGCAGCUUUUCAAGACUUUCUUGAUCAGUGUUUGGCUGUAGAAGUAGAUAAGCGUUCAUCAGCGAAAGAUCUCCUAAAACAUCCCUUUUUACGAUUAGCGCGACCUCUGGCCAGUUUAACCCCUUUAAUUUUGGCUGCUAAAGAUGCGGCAAAACAACAUUAGCGUUAAGCAAAAAUCAGCCCCUAAUCUCACAUGCAUCCUUAAUAAACUUAUUAUACUUUAGAGGCUUAUUUAUCAGUAAUAGUAGCUAAUUUCCUAACAACAAUAUUUUCUGAGGAGAAUGCAGUUAAACCUAUUUAUAUUUAACAAGCCUUUGAAUGAGACCUGGCAUUAUUGAUCCAACAGUGAAGAUUGUCUUGCCUUCACCACUGGCGUAGCGGCGUAGCUAAACCAAACGUGGACGUCGGCGACAUCCGAAUUGCGAGGCCCUUUUUAUGAAGGGGUGGUCAUAUUUUUUGUGACAAAAAACUGGAUAUAAGACAGGGAUGGGUAGCUGCCGGCAGGCCCCCCGAACCGAAAGAUAACCGCGGAAGGCGAGCAUUUUUUGAGUGUCACGCCACCUUUUUCAGGCAUAUCAUUUGAUAGUCAUUUUCAGUCAAAAAUAUUAAUAGUAUGACGCGAACAUGGACCAACAAUUUUUAGUAGGAAUCAGGAAAUUUUUCAGGAAACCUAAUUAAUUUCUGAAUCCCUGUAUGUUAGUAUGUUUAUGUUUGCUGUUUGCUGUACAAAAUCAAAUGCUGGAUAGACUUUCAAAAUGCUGUAGAAUGUACAGGGUGUUUCCUUAUAUUUUGACCCCCUACCUACAGCUUAUGCUAUAUGAAGUGUAAAAAAACUUUAAAUAUGAAAGGUGUAGGGUUUUAUGUCUAUUAUCUUUUUCGAAUGUCAAAUUGGGCAAAUGACAGGUGUCAACUGUCACAAUGACAAACACUUGCAUUUUUCAAAUGGAACACCCUGUAUAUUUUUGUCUAGAAUGAUAGAUCGUUUUCUUCUGAUUCCAAACAUACCAUAUACUUAUGUUGAUAUUUGGUUCAGCUGUUUUUACGCUAUUCAAGUUUAAAAAUGCAUUUACAGUAAUUCCGGCCCUUAAGGGCCGGAGUUAUAUGCGAGCCCGAAGGGGGCUUGACGGGUGGUUCAGUUUUUCCUAGAAUUUUCCACUUUUCCAAGUCGUUUUCAGUCAAGAAACCCGAUUUGAAAUACGAGGCUUUGAAUUUGCUACAUUUUGUACUAAAAAUUCCCAGUUUUCCAAUGGGGUAAGUGACAAAAACUCAAAUUUCAUUAAGUAGGCUUUGGAAUGUCAUUUUUAGAGGUUUUUCUUUGCAUUUGUCCGCUUUUCCAGAGCUUUUCUGGUCGGAAAAACCUAUUUAAAGUAAGAGGUUUUGAGUUUUCUUCAUUUUCCACCAAAAAUUGCCAGUGUUUUAACGGGGUAAGUGAGAAAAACUCUAUUUUUAUCAAGUAGGUUUUGGAAUGUCAUUUUCGUUGGUUUUUUUUUUGGAAUUUUUAUUUAAGGUUUUUGGGGUCCGGGGAUGGUUUUCUAUCACUUUUUUUCUCGAAAUUCGCAAAAUAAAAAAAUAAAAAAACUUUUUUGACGUUGACAGCUGUCAAUUUUUUUUUGACACAAAUCGAUAGUUGGCGUCGCGAAACUGCCUUGAUUUUCGUAGCUUUUAUAGCAGAGCGGAAAAAAAGUCGAACAUGUGUCAAAUUUGACAGGUGACAUUUGUCGAUAUUGCCAAAGUGUCGUGCGACAAAAGUUUUAUCCGAACGAACCCGUUCAUUGUUAACUGAUUUUUCAUACUCCGGCCCUUUGGGCCGUAAUCUUUGAAACAAAAAGACGUCAUUUUGUAUCGAUUGUCAAAAAAACCCAAGGUUUAAAAUUUCAAUUUUUUGACGUUUGUUGUAUCAUGAGCAACGUUGCCAUAUGUUUUUAUCAAAUCUCGAUUUAUAGGUUAUUUUGAACCCAAUCAUUGACAUUUCUGAAAAAUAUUUCCUUUAAAAUUCCCAAAUAUCCUUUGGAAUCCCCAAAAAUAUAUUAAAAUCUCAGAAUAGACCGAUCUCCUAUUACCUGGACUGCGCGCGUCGCUUGUAGGCUGCAGGUGAGCGUCCAAUGAGAAGCAAGUUUGUGACAGGCUUGCCUCAUAUUCUAAUUCAGGAGCCAGUUCAGAAUCAAUCGUUCCUUCUUUCUUUGUAACGUGUAAUUUGACAAAGAGCAAACUAAUACUUUACAUAUUACUUGCACUCACCGCAGUUUCGUUUAAGGUUAUGUUAGAUUAUACUUGACAUAUAUUCAUUGAGCGAUGUUGCCGGAUGAAACAUUUAUCAAAAUAAAAGUGCAAACGAUAGUCAUCCACUUUAAAGCUCUUCUUUUGUCUGAUUUAAGGCAUUGUAAAACCCUCGACACUAUAUCACUUCUUUAAUGUCAUACUGUUCGAUUUGUAUUGUUUACAUUUGGUUCUGCAACAAUAGAAUCUGGCUCUGGCUACACUGCAGCCUACAAGUUGCGCGCGCAUGUCAUCCUCUAUUGCUUUCUAACUUGUAUUUAUUACAAUUAAGCUCACUUUUUCUAAUCAUGCGAGACAGGUCUAUUCCAUAAUUUAGUGGAAUUUCAGUAGAAUAAUUAUGUUAUUCUGAAAAAGGAAUUAGAUGUGAAAUUUUUGCGGAGUUUUCAUAGAAUUCACAUUAAAUUUUAAUUCCUCUCGAAUUACUUGAAAUUUCAGUGAAAUUUUGAUCGAAUUACACGAAAUCCUAAAUGAAUUACAUGGAGGAAUUUUAAACAAUUAAGAAAUUACACCGAAAUUCCUAACAUGAAAUUUCAGUUUUUACUGAAUUUUAAUAAUGCCGAGGAAUUUCCAGCUAAAAACAUGGAAUUUCGGUGAUAUUCCGAAAAAUUACCAUGUAAUAACAAGAAAUUUCAAUAUAUUUCGAUGAAUUUUUAAGAAAUUACUUGAAACUUCAUUAAUAUUCCCAGAAAUUCCUGGGUAUUAAAAGAGAAUUUCAGUGAAAUUCCGAAAAAUUCCUAUGAAAAUAAAUUAAAUUUUGAAAAUUCCUUGAAGUUUCAUUGGACUUUCGAGAAAAUUUCGGUUAUGAACGUAGAUAUUCUCAUAAAAUUUUAGUGAAUUCCGAGACAUUUUUAAGAAAUUACAUGAAAUUCCAAAAAAAUUUUAUGAAAAUUUUGUGGAAUUCCAGGAUAUUUCAGUGGUAAAAUUUUGAUGAAUUUAAGUCAAGUUAAAAAAAAUAUAUGGAAUUUUGAAAUUGAAAUCUUAGUGGAAUUCCGAGGAAUUUCAUGAAAUCCUAUACUGUAAUUAGCCUCCUCACUUGAAAUAGUCAUGAGCCGCCACUGAAUCAGAAGAAAAAAAGCUAUCAUUCUAGCCAAAAAUAUUCAGGGUGUUCCAUUUGAAAAAUGCAAGUGUUUGUCAUUGCGACAGUUGGCACCUGUCAUUUGCCUGUUUUGACAUUCGCAAAAGAUAAUAGAAAUAAAAACCUACGAGCUGGUUUCUCAAUAGCGAGUCACCAGUCACCUCCGGGUUGGUUUUAACUCCAGGGUAAGCGUGUCCAGUUGCUAUGUUUACCCUGGAGUUAUCCUCAACCCGGGGAUGACUUGCUAUUGAGAAAACGACCCUAUAACUUUCAUACCUAAAGUUUUUUUCCACCUCGUAUAGCUAGAGCUGUAGUUAGGGGUCAAAAUAUGAGGAAACACCCUGUACAAUAUAGCGAAAUACUGUACGUAUGUCUCGGUUGGAGGUUCGGCUACCAGUUGAGAAAAGUGCUAAAUAAUUUAAUUAACCAACAAUACGUGAUAAGAACAGUGUUACAAUUACCGGUUUAUCGAAAUACCGAGAAUCUACCGAAAAAAUAAAAACCAUAUGAUUUGAGAUUUCUAGGUUAAUUUGCAGUAGAAAUAAUAAUUUUCAGUGAAUUCUAUGAGAUUUAGAAGUUUCGUAUAGAAUUAAGUUUAUUUGUUCUCUGCGUUUUAUUUUGGGAAAUCAAAAAGUGCCAAUUUUUAGGGUUCGGUAACCUAUUUUUUGCGAGGCUCCUUAGGGCGCGAGGCCGUCGGCAGCCGCCGACGUCGCCGACGCUUAGCUACGCCACUGGCCUUCACGUAUUAAAAAUAUAUUUAUGUACGACCUACACUGUAAGAGCUUAUUACGUAACUCAUUUUAGUCUAUUUGAGUUACGUAAUAAGUUGCAUUAUCGUGCUUAGUGAUGUAAUGAGCUCAUUACAUCACUCAGUGAUGUAAUGAGAGCUCAUUUUUAUUGAAAAAAUUAUAAAUAUAAUCUUUUGGGAAAAAUUAAAACCAUUUCGAAUAUAUGAAAAAAAUCUGGGUCGUACAUAAAAUGUUGUAUAUCACACGUACGGUAACGCUCAUUACACCACUCGUGUGAUUACUUCGACUCGGUCUACGACCUCGUCUUGGCAAUAUUCCCCACUCGUUACUGUAAUGAAGCUCAUACCGUACUAGUAAUAUAAAUAACUAUUACAUAAGCCGCUAGAUAUUCAAUUUUAAAAAAUACCGACAUAAUUGACAUAUAUGAGAACAAGCUGUGAAAGGACUAAAACCAACACAAUAGUAUUUAUGUUACAAGUUUCUAGAAUGAUUUAUUAAAAUAUAAGUUCAGGUGUUUAUGGACAAUUUUCUAUAACAUUCAGAAAAUAGCUGGUACCGGCGAUUAUUAUAAUAAUUAAUGGAGAGAGCAGGGGCUGAUUCCAAUAUAUUUUAACAUUGUUAUCGAUUGUGACAGACUAUAUUCUGUGUUGCUAGGAAUGACGACCGAGCAGCAAUUCUAGUAAUACAGAUGAUACACACACAAAAAAAAUCUUCUUAGGGAUGUAAGCAUUUAUUUUAGAGCUGUAUUUGUAUAAAUGUCACGAGACUGUGCCUAAUUUCUCGAUAAUAAUUUGCGAGCGCGUGUGGAAAUGAUAGGAAUACUUUCAAGUACCGAUAAUGUAUGAUUUCUUAAAAUCGUUGUGAAUAUUUUUCAGCUUUGGCUCAUUAUUUCUUAAUUUACUUUAAGCUUUAUUUGCUCAACUUAUGUUAGAUUGCUUUUUUUCUUAACGGUGCCAUUUUGACAAAGAUUCCUUAGGGCCGGUUUCUCAAUAGCGAGUCACCUUCAGGUUGGUUUCAACUUCAGUUGCUAUGUUUACCCUGGUGUUAUGCUGAACUCGGGAAUAACUUGCUAUUGAGAAACUAGCCCAAAUUUUAUUAUUAUUGUAAAUACUAAUUUUUUGUAAGCUUUAAAAAAAAAUGUUUGUGUAUAUUUAUUAUUAAAUUAGCCAUAUCAAUAUUCUAUUAUUAUGACAUACUAUUUUAUUUUGAUUUAUAUAGUGUAGGCACCUACCCAUAUUAAAAAAAUAAUAAUACAUUAAUAUGAUAUUGUCUAUAAUAUUAAUAAUUAUUCUGAUUCGAUCAAUGAAUGAAUGAUAAAGAAAACAAAGAAUAUUGAAUAAUUGAAAUUAAAAAAAAUAUAUAAAACUAGUAAUAGUAUUUUUGCACUAGUAAUUAUGACAAAUUGUGAUUGCGUAGACAUACUAUUGUUGCCAACAAAAAAUAGUGUGUGGUAUUAAAAUUCUUUUUUAAUAAUUUACUUUUUUUGAAGUUUUAUUUUCAAAUAACUGGAAAUCUAUUAGUUACAAACCAUAGAAUCUAGAGUACGAAGAUAUAUUACCUUUAUCAUUGUAUCAUUCCCUUGGUAUUUUUUAAGCCACAAAAAUAUGAAAGGGUUUAUUCCUCAAUCGACUUCUAGACACCUAUUAUCAACUAAUAAUUAUUACAGAUUCCCUCUUCUUCCAACAACUCAAUUCCCUUGGCUGAAUGGUUAUUGUUAUAACAAAACACUGUGUAUCCAACACCAAUAAACGUUUCGAAAAAUAAAAAAUAAUAUAUUCAUCAACAAAUUUAGUUUCAAUAAAAGUUAACAAACAAAUUAGAAAUUGGUUUUAUACUUUUUCAUUUCCACCAUAAUAUGAUGGAUAUUAACCAAUUGAGAUCUCACAUUUGGCGGCAACAAUUUAUGGAACCUGUGAUAAUACUGUACCAAUUGCGUCAAAGCCAAUUGCAACAAACUAGCUCCAGUUACUAAAUUGGGAAACGAUAAAAGCACUUCUCGGUUCAAGUCCUCCAAAGAUUUUUUCCAAUUCAGUGAAAAGUUUUGCACUAUAUCCAUAGAUUUGCUUUCCAUUUGCUUCAACUCGCUCAGUUUGGAAGUUUCGAAAUAAUGUUCGCUCUCUUUGACAUAUUGAAUCAUUUCGCCAAAGUGCGGAAAUAAAAUCUGUUCAGCGUACUCCCCACUUUUCGCUGCCAAUCGGGACUUGAAAGUUUCCGCUUCUUUACAAUUGUCCCGAGUGCGUUCCAUAAUGAUGCUCAAAAUCAUGUCGUAAUUGUUGAUGAGGAAAAUCAGUUGGUCUUUUCGGUCAGAAAAUGCACCAGCCAUACGGAAAAUGAACAUAUCCACUUCUUCUUGGAGUUCUGCUAGUAGUUUUGCAAUCAUUUGGUUGGGGAAAUUUUCGCUUAUGCUAACUAUGGCAGCGCUGAAUUCGUUUAAAAUAUACUCACAUAAUGUGGACCUUUUUCCAAAUUAAAUUUGGACACGUCACAAUCUCUGACGCUUUUAGUGUUGUUUUUGAUGAUACGUUCAAAUCUAGGCAAGAGGAUUUGCUCUAAAUGGUCCCAGUACUCGUCCAGCGCUGGCACGCAUCGUUUGUGACACAUAAUCUUGUAACGGAGUACCAAGUGGAAACACAGAAAGAUGGCAAUGGAAUCGUAACAAGUGGACAUGUAUUGUUCAAUA